UCUUCUCAUUCUACUGUGAUAUCCGCCUCUCUGGCUCAGGCAGCGGCUGCUUUCGCACAUCGAGCUGCCGUUAAAGCUUCCCGACUGGCAGACUGGUUUGAGCCUGUUGGCGAGGCGCCUCUUGGCCAGGGUGCACCCUCCACCACCUCACCCCACUUCCUUCCCCCUCAUGUGCCCAGGAUUUUUAACCUCGGCGUUGGGGCUCCGGUAGCUCCGGGUCUUGGCCCAGGCCCUGUUGGCCAGCAUCAUAUACGCCAUGCUGCUGCUUUGCCCGGCCCACCUAUGCCACCACAGCAACAAGCACACCAUCUUGUUGCGGGGCCCCCUGCUGUGCCUUUAGAAGCGGCCGAAGUCCUUUUGCAUGACCCUGGCCUACAUCAUCAACUGGCCCCUCCGCCAGUCUUCCCGGGUCCCGGCGCUGCUCCUGUCCAUGCUCAGCUUCCGGUCAACCCAAUCGCAGGGCCUGUGGCCGCACUUGCUUUCUUCCCUCCUGUCCGACCGGCGCCUCUCCAGCUCGGAAUGGCCGCAGGUGUUCUGCCGCCCAGACGCCAAGUCGGUCCCAUACAGGCUGGAGUCGCUGAGCUGCCUCAUGCACAGGGCGGAGGGCGCCGUCGAGGUGCUUCUCCUCCACUUCCUGCCCAACCGGCCCUUGCGAUAGCUGGCGGACUUGGUCAGAACCUCGCAGGGCCUUUGGCUCCUGUUCCCGGCCAAUUGCCUCAGCUACAAGUUAGGCCACAAGCCCUCCAGCAGCAUGCCAAUAUAGUGCGAAAUUUGCCUGCCGCAGCUGCUGUGCACAUGGUGCAAAAUCCGCAUCAUCACCAUCACCAUAACCAACAGCAUGAACAAUAUCUGAACCAUCAUUAUAUUCAGCACAAUCAACACCAGGGACAAGCUCAACAUCACAACCACCAUUCGGAUGCCUCGCGGGCGGCUGUAGCUAUCUCUGGAUCCGGUCUGGUCUCUCCUCUUCCCAGCCUCUAUCAUUGGAUUAGUCUUCCUCAAUCAAUCACCAAUCUGACUAAGCUAGAUUUAGUCCACUUUACCGUUGCUGAUCCAUUUGUUAACUUUACGGCACCCAAACUACAGUCUUUUGUGAUGAACAACUGUGUUGGGCUUCAACGGUCCAUGCGGUUCAUGCGACUAUUCUAUGCCUUGGCUAGAGCACCGCAGUUGGCUCGUCUGGAACUAGUUGCUGCCCGCUUUAUCGGUGAGUUUCAUUCAUAA